AUGUCUUUAUUACCAAAAGAUGUUGAUAAACAUGCAUUAAAUCGUAUUAAGAAGAUUAAAAAGACCACAUCAGCUUUUGCCUUAUCACAAAAUUGGGUUGAAGAGUUGGAUAAUGAUGACCCGGCUUUUUUAAAUUUUUGUCCACCAAAAAACCAUGAUAUACCAAUUUCCUUGUACCAUGAAAUUUUUGGAGAAUUUUUAAAAGAUUGUAAAGAUUUUAACAUAAAAAAUGAAGACAAAAACACAGUUUGUGACCUGCUAUUUACAAUGAGUGGUAUUUUUAGGAACCACAAUGAGAGAAUAGAUGCAUUCCAAGAAUGGGCUAAGAGGUUUGUCAACUAUGAUACAAUAUCUUAUAAAUUCAAUAGCAAUGGUCAAGAAAUUGACAGUGUAUGGAGAAAAGAAUACAAUGAGGAAACUAUUUUAUUAACCAUCUUUAAAUUCAAAAAUGAGUUUUUAGCAGCUGAUCCUUAUAUGUAA